UAUAUUUAGAAGCUUAACAAAAAUGUGGAAUUCAAAGUCGAUGAUGAUGAAGAAUGAAGAAAGUUUAGUUAAACCACAACUUCAAGAUGCCGAGACAGAAAAUCUUUCUUUAGAACAAAAGCUCGCUUUAGAAUCUGUAAAAAAUGGAAAGUAUGGAAAAUGAUUUUCUUUUUCGCACAACCCUAGAAAUCGCAAAAAAGGUACAAGGAUUUUAUUGAAACCACUAUUCGGCGAUUUGGUUCAGCUUUGUUGCCAUAGUGAUGAUUGACAUUUUGCUUAAUUGACGCGUGGCCUUAUGGUUAAGGAGUUCACUUCGUAAUCACAAGGUCUGUGGUUCAGUCCACAGCGCGGGCAUGUUUAGCAAAUGCAUUUACUACAGCUACGGGUCAACCCAUGCCAUGUAAGGGAAAUAGGAAAUGUUUUUAUCACUGGCUCUGCAGGUGUUGGAAAAUCAUAUUUAUUAAAUAGAAUAAUUAAAUCACUUCCCAGAUCAAUCCAUGUUACAGCUAGUACAGGUGUGGCUGCUUGUAACAUUGGUGGGACAACCUUGCACAGUUUUGCUGGGAUUGGCUUGGGUGAUAAAGACGCAGAUGUGUUAGCACGUACUAUAUUAAAAUAUAAACAUGAAGUAAGGCAAAGAUGGCAAAACUGCAAAGUCUUAGUGAUUGAUGAAAUUUCAAUGAUUGAUGGAAAUUUAUUCACAAAAGUUGACGAAGUUGCUCGAGCUGUUCGAGGUUGUCCUUAUUCUUUUGGUGGUAUCCAAGUAAUUCUUUGUGGGGACUUUCUGCAGCUUCCUCCUGUUAAGGAAAAUAAAUUUGCUUUCGAAACAAAAGAAUGGCAAGACCUGAUCAAUGAAACAAUUGUGUUAAAGCAAGUGUUUCGUCAAAAACAAACUGGUUUUGUAUCAUUGUUGAACAGAUUACGUUUGGGACGUAUAACUUCCAUUGAUAUGGAAGUGUUGCAUUUAUGCAGUGGAACAAUAUUUCUUGAUGAUGGCAUCAAACCCACAAGGUUAUAUCCACACAGAUACAAAUGUGAGAAAGAAAAUCUUCAUGAGUUGAGUAAAUUACCUGGAAAAACGCAUGUUUUUGAAAGUGAUGACUGGGGAUAUAACGAUGCUUUUUUAGAACAGUUGCAGAAAAAUGCGAGAUACGCAAAAGUAUUAGAGCUUAAAGUUGGAGCGCAAGUGAUGCUUUUACACAACCGAUGUGUUAAAUCUGGUUUGGUAAAUGGUGCCAGGGGAGUUGUGAUUGGAUUUCAUUCAGUAAACCAGGCAUGUGAUGAGGACGAUUGUGAAGAAGAUGACAGUGGAGUGAUAGGAUAUCCUAUUGUCCGAUUUACUAAUGGGAUGGAGAGGGUAAUUUCUACAGACCAAUUGUCUGUUUCUGUUGCUGGCAAGACAGUUGCGUACAGAAUGCAGGUACCACUUGCGCUGGCAUGGGCGGUUAGUAUACACAAAUCUCAGGGUAUGACAUUAGAGCGAAUUGAUAUCGACAUUGCGAAAGCGUUUGAACAUGGUCAAGCGUAUGUGGCUUUAUCAAGAGUGACCAGUUUAGAUGGGUUGCGAUUGCGCGAUUUCGAUCCUGGCAGAAUCACGGCCCAUCCUAAAGUUAUACAUUACUACAAAAACAUCGAUCCGUCUUUGGAUAAGUCGGCACAGGAAGGGGUGGAGGAGUUAAAAGCGUUUAUUGAGUUGAGGAGAAAUCCUGAAAAAUACAGAGAAUAUUUACAAAGUUUAAUUCCUGUUAAAUGCUCAUCUGAUACGGAUUUUGAGCAUAAUUACUUCCAACACCAAGUAGAAUCUAGUUCUUCUGUGAAUCAACCAACAAAAUUGUUAAGAAUCGAAGAUAACAAUGUACUGGAGUCUCCUGGAAAAUCGACGUACGCAGCAGUUAAUGGCGUCUGCAAAAAAAUAAAACCGCUAAAAGACAUUCCUGUGAAUAAACCUGUUUCAAACUCGUCACCAGACUUGGUAGAAACACCCGCGCUACUAAAAGCAGAAGAGAAGUUGGCGAAUUGUAUAUCGGCGCUGGAAGAAAUAAAAGUGGCUAAUUCAAAGCGCGCGCUUAAUUAUAAUUCUGAAGGGCCUGGAUGUUCCAAAAAUGAUACCAUAAAUGUGGAUGACGAUUCAGAUUUCGAGUGUGAACAGACUUCUGGUGUGUCAAAUGUUGCUGUGCGAAGGUCUACUAGAAAAAGAAAACCUCCCAUGAAGUUUAAUCACGAGGUAACGAUAAUUCUUGAAAGCGACGAGGAGGAGGGUGAGAAGAGUACAAGUGAUGUGGAACUUUUCGAUGAAAAAAGUUGCGAACAAACCGUAAAAUCUGCAUCGCGAAACAAUUCUCACAGCAAACCAAACUUCUUAUCGACAAUUUGUUCCGAUUUAUUAGAAAUAAGUGAAAAAAAACAAAAACUCGACAUGCCGUCAUCAGAUAAAGACGACGAAAAACGUGUUCAAGCCUUGUUAAAAGAAAAGCAUGACUGGAUAGAAGAAAAACGAAGGAAAGCUUUAGUAAGAAGAUGGCAGUCAUUAAAGCGGCAAAGUGUAUCGUAGCUUUAUCAAUGUCAUUAAUUAGCACAUUCAUGCACUGUUCGGGGGUGUCCAUUACAACAUGUUUUUCGCGUGUAAAUAAUUUGUACAUAUUUUUUAUACCUUAAGCGCGUGAUUACAUUCUUGGAUAAGAA